CUAGGAUUUUAUUCAUUCCCUUAUCUUCAGGAAGUUCAGGUUUCUACUUAGACAUUGACAAGCUAAAAUUUACUUCUUGGCUGAUUAUUAUCCUGAAAUCAUUCUUUCAAUGUAUGCUGUCUCUUUAAAUGAGCUAAUUUUUUCCGACUUAUUACUCUCCUUAUAUACUCAAUCUUGAAGCUGUUAUCCAUUUACAGUUCAGAAUAUCCAGAAUAAAAAAAUAGAAUAUUUAAUAGCUAGGUUUCUCUCCCUUUACUCUGAAUAAUGUUAUUCCUCUCGAUUGGCAGAUUCCGCAAUGAUAUCAUGCCUUAUCAUAAUAGAAUACUUGAAACCUAAUCUGUUAUCUACAUUGAUUUAUCCAAUUAGUUAUCAAAGGCUUGCUCAUAUGUUCAAUAUUUAGGUUACUUUUUUGUUAAGCAAUCGUCCUUUACCUGUUUAAAAUUUCUGCCUUCUCUAUCUCAACCUUUGGGAGUUGGUGCUGAUUACUUCACUCAGUCAGAGAGGGUACGAUUAUUCCGUGUGAAUUUUCCUAGUGAUUAAUAUCACUCAAGUGAAUCCCUGAAGGGUCGUGAGGUCUAUGGUUUAUUUGUUUUUAUUAGUCUAAAUUAAAAAUAAGACUUUAAACUUUAUUUAGUUUUCUUAU